GAUCUCUCAAGCAAGACAUAGCGGCUGAUUUCUAAGGCGCAUUUACUUUUGAACUUCCUUUUCACGACUGCAGAAAUAUAAAGGAAAUCAAGAAAAUGACAUCUGCUGGCUUUCAGAUGCUGGGCACUUGCCUCGGCCUCAUUGGAUGGAUCGCUGCCAUCGUGGUCUGUGUCCUGCCCCAGUGGAAGGUCACUGCCUAUAUUGGAGAUAACAUUGUCACUGCCCAAACCAUCUGGGAGGGCAUCUGGAUGAGCUGCGUGGUCCAGAGCACUGGACAGAUGCAGUGUAAGGUCUACGACUCCAUGUUGGCUCUUCCCCAGGAACUCCAGGCUGCUCGUGCCCUCACCAUCAUCUCCAUCAUGGUUGGCAUGGUUGGGAUCUUCCUGGCCAUGGUAGGGGGCAAGUGCACCAACUGUGUGGAAGAUGAGAGAGCCAAAGCCAAGAUAGGCAUGGUUUCAGGUGUGGUCUUUAUCAUUGCCGGUGUUCUGUGCCUCGUUCCUGUCUGCUGGACGGCUAACAGCAUCAUCAAGGACUUCUACAAUCCCAUGUUGAACAGUUCUCAGAAAAUGGAGCUCGGCGCAUCGCUAUACAUCGGUUGGGGGGCUUCAGCUCUAAUGAUCCUGGGAGGGGGUCUCCUGUGCGCCAACUGCCCCAAUAAAGAUGACACCUACAAUGCCAAGUACUCUGCUGCCAGAUCUGCAGCUCCCAAAAAUUUUGUUUGAGUUGGACAAUUUGAGAUUUCAAGGACAAAAAACAAGAGACUGAAAAGGAAUGUUUAUUCUCAAUGUUAAGUAUGAACUUCACUGUUACUCAAGGUUUUGGUUCAAUAUAUUUAUCUUGAGCUCUAGACAAACAGUACUUCAGGAAAAUUAGGCAUUCCUUCUGAUUGUUGAGGGGCUGACUGGCACCACACCAAGUUGAGCAUGAUUGGACUGCAUUAGCUAACACUGCAGUAUUCCAAAUGCAUGGAUGCUGACAAACUAUAUACAAACUAAUACUGAAACAGAAUUAGAAAUUGUAUCUUAAUUUAUUUUAUAUGUACACAAUACACCUUACAAAUGAUGCUUUUGUUAUGCUUCGUGUUUUUUGUAUGUGUAAAGGUUCAUGGUGAUAAAAAUGUACUGUACAUAAAGAUACAAAAUAUAUGCAAAGGAGAAUAAAUUGUUUCUUGUUUUAUUAA